UUGGAUUCAGUUGACUUAACAGAUGUAUCAACCUUUAAAUCCUUUACUGACAGAUAUUUUAGUAAAAGGUUGAGUAAUACUGUAAAAGGUAAAGGUAAGAAAGGAGGCCAAAUGUUGAAUCCAAAGUCAGUUAUAUGUAAAAUUGAAUAUGACGAUGGUACAAACUUUGAUGUGCCUUGUGGUAUGAAAGGAACACUUAUUGAAAUAAAUGAAGAGUUAAUAAAGGAUCCUCAACUUCUAAAAAGUGAGCCAGAUUCAAGUGGUUUUAUAGCUAUAAUCCUAUCAAGUAUUGCAAUUUCAGAUUCAAUGAAAAGUGAGCUUUUAACUCAUGAGGAAUAUCUUAAAACUUUAAAUGGUUGUUAG